AUGACAAACUCACCACCCAUAACCACGGCCCUGGAAGCCGACUACGUGAUUGUCGGCGGAGGAACGGCAGGUUUGGUCUUGGCGUUGCGACUGUCCGAGAACCCAAACACGUCGGUUAUCGUUUUGGAGGCAGGCAAAGAUCUGAUUCAGGAUCCGAGGGUUCAGAUCCCGGCACUUUGGACUACUUUGAUGGGAACUGACGCGGACUGGCAAUUCCAAACCGCUCCCCAAAGUCUCUUGGACAACCGAUCCAUCAAAUCUCCUCAGGGCAAAGCUCUAGGUGGAUCAUCUGGAAUCAAUGCUCAGGCCUUCAUGGCUCCUACUAGAGCAACUAUCGACGCCUGGUCCAAGCUAGGAGCAGCUGGUUGGACAUGGGAGCAAUUGCGUCCAUACUACAAGAAGGUUUAUAGCCUACAGCUUCCCGAUGAAGCUACCCAGAAACAUAUUGGUACUACUGGCUGGUUGGACAGAGAUAGUCAUGGAUCUUCUGGUCCUAUCAAGGUGUCUUUUUCAGCUGGCAUCGAGAGUCCGGUGUUGAAAGAGUGGCUAGGGACAUUUCAAUCAAUCGGUUAUGGCAUUACUGCCGAUCCAUUUUCUGGGCAGUCCAGUGGAGGCUACAGCACCCUGGCCGCUAUUGACUCCGAGACAAAAACCCGCAGCUAUGCAGCAACAGGCUAUGGUCUUCCCGCCAUGCAACGAUCCAAUGUACGGAUUAUAACCGAAACACUAGUGCGAAGAAUUGAGUUCGAUUCCGACAGCAUCGGGGAUCGUAGUCCGGAGAAAUCCAGUCAGCCUAGCAUAGCCUUGGCAACUGGUGUUCAGAUUUUGCUUCAGAAUCAAAUCCAUAGCGUGAGAGCCAACAGGGAGGUAAUCAUCUCGGCUGGGGCGAUAAACAUCCCAAAGCUUUUGGAAUUAUCCGGCAUCGGGAAUCGCAAGAUUCUAGAUCAGCUCCAUAUCCCACUCGUGAUUGAUAACCCGAACGUCGGCGAAAAUCUCCAGGAUCAUCUCAUGAGUGGAAUAAGUUUCGAAAGUGUGGAUAGCGUACCGACAGCAGAUGGCUUGAUGCGUCAAGAGCCCGAGGCACUGCAAAGCGCCAUGCAUCUAUAUACUGAGCAUAAGACCGGGCCCCUCACGAGCCCGGGAAUGCAAUCCGGCGCUUUCAUGCCGUUCCGCACUGAUUCUGGCGGCGAAGCUUAUCAAAAGGAGGAUUCCACUAGCAUGCAAGAGUACCUGGACAAAUGGCCGAUUACCGCUGACCAGCGCGAGAAAGAGAUCCGCCACAUAUUAAGCCAACCGGGUGCACCAACAUCUUCCCAGUUAAACUUUUUGGCGCAGGUGAACUUGCAUGAGACUGGAAAAACAUUUGUGGGCCAAAACCUGUUGCCCGGCAAUUUCAUUAGUCUGGGACUCCUUCAAACACUGCCAUUCUCCCGCGGCACGGUUCAUGUGUCAAGCGUGGACCCGGCCAAACCGCCAGUGAUUGAUCCACGCUACUUCUCGCACCCGUUGGACCUCGACAUUAUGGCACGUGGGCUUUUGGAUAUUCAUCAGAUCCACAGAGUGAAGCCAAUCUCAGAGCUUCUAAAGCCAAAUGGACGACGCAAUCACCCAGACGCCUUCCUGACAGAUUUGGAAAGCGCAAAGAAAUAUCUCCAGGCAACUGCAACCUCUUCAUAUCAUCCGUGUGGCACAGCUGCCAUGUUACCUCUGUCUCGAGGGGGUGUGCUCGAUGAAAAUCUCCAAGUAUACGGCACGAAGAAUCUUCGAGUAUGCGAUGCCAGCAUUUUUCCAUUAAUCCCUGCUGCCAAUAUUAUGUCCACGGUCUAUGCAGUGGCUGAGCGAGCAGCGGACCUCAUCAAGGCUGGUUCAGAGGGGCAGUAG